ACUACACAAUCAUCAGUUUUUUAAAACUUGUUUCUUGUUUGACGUUGUAUGCAUCAUCAGAGUACAGUUUCAGCUAUCAGAAGAAUCAGCUUAGUUUGUUGUUCUGUUCUUCAGUUGGGAAAAUCCUUUUGUGAACAAAGUUGUCGUCUGCUUGUGUUUCUAUUUAAGUUGUGCAUUUAAUUUAUCUUUUAUUAUUUUAGUUUAUAAAAGAUGUUGAAACGAGCACAAAAAUCCGAUAAUAUCGCGUUUAAUAUUGAACUAGUCAAAGCUGUGGAAAAACAUCCCUGCAUUUACGAUUACAACAUGAAAGAAUAUUGUAACAGAGAAUUCGUAGAUAGCGCAUGGCAGAAAAUCGCAAAGAAAUUCCACUGCCCUGCAAAAGAAUGUAGAGAGGCAUGGAAGAAUCUAAGAAUAGUCUUUAGUCGCAACAUUAAAAAACAAACUACAGGAGCUGGUUCAACAAAGAAACCAUAUUAUCUUCUAGAGAGUAUGAGGUUUCUUAUCCCUUUUAUGAAAAAUUCGUCAUCAACAACACAAUUAAAACCUAUUAAUGAAGCAAUUUAUUAUGAAACCACAAGUGACGAGCAAACAAGCAAUAGGGACGAGGAAGAAGAUGAAAUUAUUGCGUCCAACAAUGAUCAAUCUAAAUCAAAUAUUACAGAUAAUCUCGAAAAUGUUAUGCCAAAAGAAGAAUAUGAUUCAGAAAAGGAAAUAAUGUUUGAACAGGAAUUUUUAAGAGAACAAAUUACAUCAAGAAAUAAAAAACAACCUGACAUUUUAAACAACGAAAUCCAUAAACAUCAUCAAACUCCAGAUGAAAUUCAAAUGGAAUCUCUUAGUCCAAACAAGAAUCAGAAAACAUCACAAGCAGCUCUUAAUAAUUCUAGUUACAUUGACUUAAUUAAUUUUGCAGAAUCAAACAGUGUCACUAGAAUGAGCAGAGGGAAUUACAAGCAUCAAUUCUUAACGAGUUUAUUUCCAGAUGUAGAUGACAUGGACGAUACUCAGUUUAGAUUAUUUCGAUUAGAAGUUUGUAAAAUAGUCAGCAAUAUAUUUAGUUCCCAGACACCGACACAACAACCUACCAACAGAACUUCUUAUUGGCAAAAUUAAAAAGUUUAAAAAUCCAAUAGAAACUACCAUCGGUUUCAGUCCUUUACCAACCUAGCUCGUAUGUUCGGGGAUGUUAUGACUUAUGAUGAGAUGUAAGAAGUCAAUUUAAACGUUUAUUUAAAUCCAAAAUCAGAACUACCCGUAUGGAAGUUUCUGAAAACUUGAAUUCUAAUUCCUGCUUUAUUUAAAAUGUAUAAGAUUAACAUAUUUACUUAACAUUUAAAACAAUUUACAGACAUUGGUAUUAGCUUUUAUUUUGUAUUAAAAAAUCAGUUCUCUAUAAUAUAUCUACGAGUAGAUUAAUAAUCAUUUUUAAAAAAUAUAUUUUAAUUUGAAAUGAAGACAAUUUUUCCUUUCUAACAAACAAAUUUUAAAAAGCAUA